GCAUGAUUAGAACACCGGUAUAAAAAAUCAAAAAUGGCGUUCUGUACAGCUGUGGGUUGCGCAAUUUUAUUGUAAAUGUGGAUGAAAUUUACAAGGAAUAAUAAAAUAAUAGUGUAAUAAUUAACCUAAAUUGUGGACAUGUUAUUUUUAUCGAAUUCAUAGUGUGAUUAAUCGAAAGUGUAUUGGUGCAAACAACAAAGUGCAAAUCUGUCGUGGACCGUGUAUUUUUUGUGUUGUGGUGAUGUAUGAAAAUGAUAAAUAAUGAAACGGAAAAUAAUGCGGCUGUGUAAAUAAUGUAUCAAUGAUGGAUAUGUUAUGGGGAGCGUUUUUCGUGGCCUUGGUUGGCUCACAUCAUGGUUAUGGAUUACCAAUUGGAUCAACGCCGGAAACCUACCCUUACGAUGGCAGCAGGGCAGCAGUCGACACUUGGAGUUCCCAAGGAGGACUGUAUGCAUUGGUACUGGCACUGGCACUGCUGAUCACAGCUAUUGGAUUACUUCUUGGGUGUACAUGGUGUUACAGGCAUAAAGAUUGCAAGCUGUUCGCGGCGAGUGCGACACACCUGCACGACGUCAGACGGCCGAACCCACCAGACUCUGGGUUCUCCGAACCUGUGAACAACAACAUCAGCGAGGACAACAACAAUGGGCCCAUCUCGCUGCGGGAGAUGCAGAACAUCGCUAACAACAAUGCGGCCGCGUACAUCGUCAGUGAAAACGAGGAGAGGAAUAGAGUCAGUCGCGAGUCCGUCGUGGAGUUCGAACCUUUACCCGCUGAUAUUAGAGUUGCGGAUCCACUGGAGCCGCACGCGGAUUGGUUUGAUGGUGAAGAUUUUCCGAGAAAUCGAUUGCAGUACCUUCGGGAAAUCGGCCGAGGGUGGUUUGGCAGGGUAGUUGAAGGCGAGAUCGAAGACGAAGGCAGCACAAGCACAGUCGCAGUUAAGAUACUCAACCAGAAUGCAUCCCUGGAAGACAAGGCGAGGUUCCUGCAGGAGGCCAGAAUGUACCGAGACGUCAGGCACGAAAACAUAUUGGGAUUCAUUUCGAAGUGUCUCACAGAGGAUCCCUGGAUUAUGAUAUAUGAACUUUGUCCUAUGGAUCUCCAACAAUAUUUAAUAGCGAAUAGGCAAAAAAUGACGGCUUUGAGCGAAGGAGGUGUACCACUACGGCUUAUGUGCGAUGUCACCGCGGCACUUGCGCAUCUGCACUCCCGGGGACUCCUAUACGGUAAUGUGUGGACGGGUGCGGUGUUGGUGCGCGGUACAAGCGAGAACCCGCGCGCAGUCCUCGGCAGUUACGCUAGCGCCGAGCCCAACUUCGAUAUCGCCGCCCCAGAGACUAGGCGCAAUCCUUCUCUCCACAUGGCCAGCAGCGAGGUGUUCAGUUUGGGCGCGCUGGUGUGGCAGGUGUGGUCGUGGGGGCGGGUGCCCUCCUCCGCGCCCGCGCCGCCGCCCGACCUGCUCUGUCCUUACCGCGCCCAUCUGUACCAAGUAAUGCAGCUGUGCUGGAACCCCGACCCCGAAUCUCGUCCGACUUCCGCCCAAGUGCACGCACUACUCGACCACCUGUAUACGACUCACACCAGAGCCUCGGAUUCAUCCCGCGACGACGGCUACGGAAGCAGCGACUUCGAAGAACGGUGGCAGCGCCUCAAACCCAACUCCAUACCAGUCAAAGACGAGCACGUGGCCAUCGUACACGCCCCUUCCACCUCUAUGGCUUCACACUUCACCGGCUCCGAGGAGUUCGACAACCCCCCUACUAUUCAAGAUUCCCUCAGCGUCGAUAUGGACACAGCCGUCUCGAGAUCCAGCAGCAUCAUGUCGGACAAAGAUCCCCUCUCAGUGCAAAUCAAGUCCGAGAGUCUCACCAACCUCCACGGCUCGUUGGAAGACGUCCGCAACAUCUACCUCACUCACAACGAAAUGGCCGUCCUCGAAUGCCAUCAAGGCAAUAUAGCCCUUGAAGACUGCAGAGAUACGGACCAAGAUCACGAUCGCUCCGACAGCUCCAUGGAUCCCUGGCUCAAGGAGAUCAUAGCCGGCAGCCAGGAUGACGUCAGCUAUUACAAGGACGUCAGCGAUGUUAUAAAGAAUCUCGAUAAUAUUUUAAAUUCCGAGAAAACGUCCAGCUCGGAAUCCAGCCAUCAAGCCAGUCCCUCGAGAGAUAACCUGAGUUUGGAUUGUAAAAAGGACUAUCCUAUGCAGUCUAAUAUGGUAAAAUCUCCGGGUAUAAACAAUUUCCAGAAUAUUCUGGAAUCCGGUAUCGAACCCGCGUCGCCUACGAACGAAACGUGUGUAGAAGAUGAGGUCGAUCGUGAAACAAUCGGCACACUCAGUCAUUCGUUUGAACGACACAGUGAUACAUUGAGCCAGCAAACCUUAGAAAACUUAACUCCCGAAACACCUAUCAAAGAUUUAGAUAUAGCCAGUAAUAUUACACCUGACGGUAAACAUAUUGUAGAAGAAGUAAUAGAAAACGAAAGUAGUAGAAUUAUUGAAAUAGGAAAAAUAUCACCAUUGCCACAGGAAACUGAAUUGCCAAAAGAAAAUAAAGUAGUGAGUAAUAAUAGUCAAAUACCCAUGUUAAAGGAACUAUGUGUAGCCUCAACCUCUAGUAUAAGUGAAACAAAGCAUAAAAUAACAAAUGCGACCCAAGACUGUUUAAGAUCGUGUGAUAGUAAUUUAGCAGAUGAAAGGACUGAUGAUAAGCAAAUUGAAACUAAGUCAAUAGAUGAUGUAGUGAGAUCUAAUAACCUCUUAGAAGCAGUAACAACAGAUCAAAAUAAAGAGAGCGAGAAUCAAGAAGCAGAAAUAGAGAAAUCUAAAGACGUUUUGCCAGAUACUGUGGAAUUAGAAUCUAAAGUUCAGCAAGAUAUCAGUUCUGUUACAUUAUCUUGUGAAAAUGCUACAGAUCUGAAGGAAGAUUUCGAACAUACGCAGCAAGAUGUAAUAGACACAUCUAAUAAUGUAAUGAAGUCCGAAACAAUAAUAAGUAAUGAAAUUAAAAAUACAUUACAGGAACCAUUAAAACAUAGCGAAACAGAAAUUGCAAAGCAAGCUAUAUGUAGCAGGAUGACAGAAGCCAUAGACCAUUUUGAACCAGAAGCACCUGAGUCAGUACAAAAACCUAAUAACAGCGAACAAGCUGUUCCAAUAUCACCUCUUGAAGUCAAUGUAUUUAUAAAUGUUGACACCGAAAGCAUAGCAAAUUCUCAAUCGUCACCUGAAAUAGUACAAAAAAUGGGUACAGAAACGAUUACCGAAAUCGAAUCAAAAGUACAAAAUGAUGUUACUGGUAAUGAUGACGUAACAUUUGGAUCUGAAAAUGAUGCAAUUACUGCUGAAAAAUCUAGUGAUAGUACUGUUUAUAUGGAUCUCAUUAACGUAGCAAGUAGCGAAAUUGUAAAAGAUAGCUCCCUAGAUGAAAAUGUCAAAGAAACCAUAAAAUCUUGCUUAGAUUCUACCAACACAGAAAGUGUUUGCACAUUAGUGAAAAACGAAUCUACAAUUUAUAUGGAUUUGCCCAGUAUGAUAAAGGAAACUGAUGAGUUUUUGCAUUAUGAAAGGGUUGUGAGCAGUAGCAACAUAAAAUUUAAAGACCUAUGUUCUAGCACUCCUUUGGGCAGCGAUAAGUCCAAUGAUGAAACUUUAGAAACAUCGAUGAAGAACAACGAGACGGUCUUGUUGUCUGAGACCAAAGUGCCAGAUUAUGGUCCAGGGGUGGCAGUGACCAAAUUAGAACAGAGAUACGUCCCAGAUAAUCUGAGCCCUUUCGACUCCCCUACUAAGAGUCACCACACGGACACGUAUGACGAAAACAGCUCUGUGGUAUUGGGCCCUUUCGAGAACUACACGCUAGAGCUAUUCAAAGGCGCGAAAUCUGGCGAGAUCGUUGACUUGCCUAGAGAAGAGCUUUUAGCGUUUUCGUCCAACUUCAGCGACAUAAACUUGGAAACGCCGUCUCCUUUGCGCGACGGAAGAUUCUUGCACGAAGUUCCCGAUAUAAUUCCAGACGAUGUACAAUUUGACGACAUCGAAACUAUCAGUGAAAUCAAAGUCGAGCAAUACGAGCCGCAGUCUGAAAGCAUUUCUAACGAUACGGACUGCCAAUCUGAAACAGAAAAACGCGUGUCUCCAUUAACGCCGCCCAAUUCUCCGGGGACUUUCCUAGUGUCGACUGCAGCUCAACCGAGUUAUAUAGUCGAUAUCGACCUAGAUCCUGUACCUGGGCCUUCACAUUUAGAAUUGGAUCCUACUCCAGCGAUGACUAAAGAAGUGGAUUUGAAUCAAAUCGAAUUGCAAAUCACCACGAAGCUCGCGAUGGCGGAAAACGAGAACAAUUUGAAUAUAGAAUAUUCCGGGGAUGGUAUGCCGGAUGAAUCUAAUCUUCUGUUAGAUACGGAAUCAGAAGAAUCUAUUUUGGCAGGAAACGGUAGCACGUUACCAAGAAAAGUAGAAAUAGAUGAGGAGUGCGUACAGGCGUUGCGCAAUGAGCUGGAAUUGAAGUUACCUCUAGCGCAGGUGGCGAACAUAGAGCCUGCGAGCACAGCCGAAUGGGGAGGUUCCCUCCCACCUCCACCCGAAUUGGUGGUGAAUUACCCCGGCGCCCUCAGCCCCAUACCGGAGGAGACGAAACAGCAACUCUGCGCCGUGGAGAACGAUCUGCCAUGGAGUAUAUCAUCGGAGAGUUACCCGGAGCCCUGCGGUUCUUCGCAGGCGGAUACUGUGCCACCCACCUGCGACUCUCCACACGAUCGCACUUACACUCUACGACCCGACCUCACCAACGAGGACACGAUGAGCGCCGACAGCUUGAACGCCAGCCCACACAAGAAACCGGCUAUCGACACAACCAUUGACGACAAAACGUACACAAAACACGACGACGAGAAAGAGUCCAACUGCGAGCGAAUCUCGCAAGUGUCGCCAUUCAUACUCAGUCCAACCACGGACAACUCGGACUUCGUCGACAACGGCACGGGAGUUUCCACGCUGUCGAAAACGACGGUGCCUACAGACGCGAAAUCUUCCAAACCGUCCGAAACCCAGUGCCUCUCGAAAGCCACCAGCAUCGACUCGUGGUGCUCCAACGAUACACUAUACAACGUAGAAGAGAACUUUGAUGAUCUCGCAAUGGACCCAGAUGUACCGCUAGACUUUGAGAAAGAUGAACACAGCGAAAGCAGCCACACUCUCACACAUAACGACGAAGAUAAAGAGUUGAGCCAUUGCUCCACGUACAUAGUCCACGACAGCAAAUCCGAAGCGUGCGAGACGUUCUCCCCAGAUUCCAUUACGGCCAACGAUAAUAACACGUAUACGAAAGCGAAGACCGAAGUCACCGGGGCUACGCCGUCUAUCAUCACUAAAUCAGAUGUAGACUCCACGAAGAAUACUCAAACUAAAGAUCUGGCAUAUGGUACACUGAUGUCCGGUCUGCCAUCCUACUCCAAUUGCACGACAGAAGUCGCUUCCGGCUUCGAGGACCCUUGGAAAAUGCAGCAACCGGAAAUGGUCAGAAGAUCACCGAUGGGCGAUAACAUCGACGUCGCACCUCCAAAGAUUGCUGAAGAGAAAGACAGCAUCAAUGAAAGUCCACAAAUAUUAACACAACCGUGUAUCAAUAAAAUGGAUAGCGUUGAUAUAUCUUGUCUUCACGACAAUUUAGCCGAAAGUCAUGACAAAUCUGACGAUUCUAAUCAAAUUGUAGAGGUCGAAGUCGUCGAUAGCCCAAAUAGCCAGUAUAAAAACAUGGCACCUUCAGUCACCAGUACGCCUCUGGUCGAAGCAGUGCCAGAAUAUAAUAGCGAUGAAGCUAUACCUAUGGAAUUACCCGACACGAACGAUAUAACUCCAGAUUUCAUAACGAACAAACUACCGAACUUUCAAACGUUUUUGCAAUCGGCUGAAGUGAGACCGCAAGAUUUGUCUUCCCCAAAUGAAGGUGCCAACAGUCAGAACACCGAAAUUUUAUUGGAAGGAGAUAGCAAAACUUUGAGUAGAAACAGCAACCAUGAUACCCUAGCGAACGACCGAACGCCGAAUUAUUCCGAUUUCGAAAGUUCGGCGAUGUAUAAACCCCAAGAUGUCCAUUCUACGGACAGGUCUAGUCAAAGUAUGGAUAGUGGAAUGAACUCUGAAGAAUUUAAAAAUUUCGAAAAUUCAGUUAGAAAUCGCCCUCAAGAUUUAUCGUCUGUGAUCGACGCUAGCUCUCUACUACUCAAUAGUGAGAGAAAAUUUUGCGAAUUGGCAACAAUUGAUUCUACAGACUUAGAACAGACUAGUCAAUCUGGCACCCGACUGAACAAUAAUGAACCGAUGCAAUCUCUAGAUGUAAGUCCGCCUAAUGAUACGAAUUUAAUUGAAUCUCAAUACGUAGAUAAGCCAAGAACUCCAAGUAAUUUCUUCAUACAAUCAGAUGUUGAAGAUGAAACUGAACAACCUCAUUCGAUUAUAAUAACUGAAAAUGAUGUACUUAUUAAAGAAAGUCCUAAUAGAACAUACGACUCUCAUACAGGAGCACAGAUCCUUAAUCAUACUUACGAUUCUCAUGCAACUCAGUCCUUAAAACGAGAUAAUAUUGAGAGUCCAGACGCAAACUCAUCACAUGUAAAAGUUAAUGGCAUCAGAGAAACUGAUGAUACUAUUAACUUUGAAAAUAUCUCGCCCAAAAUUGAAGCAAUUGAAGAAGAACCAUCAAAAAGAAAAGAAGAAAAAGCUAGUGAUAAUCUAGAAGGUCUUGUUCAAGCGGCGGAUGCAACUGCACAUACUUCCAAUAAUGGAGAUGAUACAUCAGCUAAAGAUACUGAAGAGAUAAAAUGCAACGGUAGCAGCGAAAAGUACGCUACUGUUCAGUUUAUCAAUGAGACUUUUGAAGAACUCACAGAAAGCAAUGUCGAUGAUGGAGAAAGCAAAGACUUACCAAAUGAUAUUAGUGAGACUAGUCAGCAGAAAAGUGAAGAUAAAAGUGAGUUUAAAAGCGGUACAUCAAAAGAAGUUCAUGAAGUUUUCAAAGAGAAAGUGUUAAACGAACUAGCAAUGGAAACGCAAACCAAUGGUGUACACGAUUCUGAAGACGAGAAAUUAACAUCAGUCACGGAGAAUUUUUUACAGAAUGAGAAGAUGUUUUGUCAGCUUGACGCUUAUCUUCCUCUACUGAGUGACAUACGGUUUACUGGUCCAGCUUCAGAAAUAAUGAGUACAUCGUUCACGCAAGACUCUCCCACUGAGCCGACCUCACCCCAGAGGGAGCAGGACGGCAAGCCCGACGUCGCCGCCGACAUACUGAAAGAGUGGGACAGCGAUAGCGACUCGAAUUCCACCAAUUCCUCUAGCGGCGAAUUCAUAUGGAAGGGCGGCGACGGGCAAGAGACCGCGCUCGUGCCCAACACUCACUUCGAGCACCAACGCGGUAACGGCACCGAGCCGAGCGCGGACAACGGCGGCGGGGAACAAGCGUCGUCCGGCUCCGGAGACUCCGGGUCGGGCUCCGAGGGGGACGAGGUGGAGUUCGUGCCAUCCUCGUGGGACUGCCGCGCUGCACCGGCCAAGUCUUCGCUGAGGAGCCUUGAGCAAGCUACACCGGACAACAAGAAGCGAGUGGUGUUCAAACGCCAGAAGUACCACUGCGUGUACGAGUACCCGCGCGAGGCCUGCGACGUGGACGCGCGCUCGCCCGCCGCCUACAUGCCCGACCUAUCCACCUACACAGACUGGGACCCGACUAGCUCUGAAGAGGCCGAGUUAGGUUACGGUCAGCUGUUCGGCUCCCCCAACCCGCUAGAUAUGUAUCCGCUACGAUCCGGUAUCACUUUCGAUUACGACGAUGACUUCUUCAUAUCGUCGUCGGCGCGGCCGUUCGAGAGCCUCGGCAUCAUGUCGACCACGAGCCAAUUCUUCCCCGGUAUGCACGUCAAGGGCUCCUUACUCGAGCGAGAACUGUCCGAUGACGUCACCGAGGAUUUCCCCCCACCACCGUCGCCCCUCCCCACCGCCACCUUAAUACAAACCAGGACGCCCUCCCUGGACUUCACUACACCAGAUUCGGGUGUCGAAGACAUCACCCCCGGCUCCACCAGCGCAGACGACGAGUACAAAGCGAAGAAAAUCCCCGAAGACAUCUCUCAAUGCUGGCGACCCGUCGACAGCGGCAGCUCCAGCGAAUCCGUCAGCCCCAGCUCUCCCGGAGGCGAAGCGUUAGGCGGCUUACGACACACCAGAGACAAACUGAAACUGGACUUACCCCCCAGCCCUCACAUCCCGUCACCUAGACACAACAGGGUCUUCAACUUCGUCCUGGACAAACCUAAAAGGCACAGGAUCGCGGAUGAGAAGGUUGUUGAAUCUGGAACGACUCCGCUAGUGAUGACCGACGAAACUCCAGUGGUCACCAGCGCCCUGCCUCUGCAGAAGGAAUGCGAGGACCUCCCGCUUCCGGAACCGACUUUUUCCACAUUCGGAAAGGGUGCGCAGAAACUCGAGCCAGAGCAGAAGAUAAUACUCACGGACGACGUGGAACACGAACAGGCCGAAGUGAAAGCGGAGAGCCCUAAAGUUAACGACCCUGUGAAGGGCGAAGGCACCGUGCUCGACAGCGGCGAUGAGGACUCGGGCAUCGAGAGCAGCUCCAAAGCAACUCUCGAACGCAAUAAAACCCCCAAUGUUUCGUAAUCGAGAACAAACUUAGCUGUAGACUUGUUACUGUAUAGAUCUUAUCCGUGUGAUAUUAACGCCCGUUCACCAACAAGUUUUUUGUUGUAGUCCUCGAAACUAGCAUCUCGACUCUUUAAGAUUCUGGUCACUCGCAAAACUGAACUUUAUUUUGUUGAAAUAGAGCUUCAUAUUGUGCGAGGUGACACCGGGAUCGAGUGUUGAUGUUAUGCGUUGUUUCGUUUUCAGUUCCGCCGGUGAACUAGCCAUUAUAAUAUCCACAAAGUAUUACAUUACCGAUACCGACCGAUGGUGUUGUAUUAAUAACAUAAUUUAAGUUUACUACAAAUUGUACAUAUCGGAAAAUGAAAUAUUCGGCUGAGGCAUCGUUCGUAUGAUAGUCAUUCGUUUUUCCAUCAAUGAAAUAAGACAUUAUAUAUAUUGGCAAAAGUGAUCAUUUCAAUAAUAAUGGCCUGGUAAAGUUCUGCAUAGUCGCUUUUCUCUAUCCGUGAGGCAGCUGUCGCAGCAUAGGAUUUCUUAUUAUAAAUAUUAUGGUACAAAUAUGGUAGUCCGGCUGUUGAUAUAAAGAUAAAGAAACAGCAUACAAUACCGCCAUUACUGUUACGAACCAAGUACUUUGAUACGUUUUACAUGCAGUACGUUUAGAAGACAAUUUGAUAAUGAUCUUAGCGUUACUAUAAAUUGUGAUGUAUCAGAGUUUUUUUCGGUGAUACUGUCGAAUACGUAACUGGCCUAUCCCGUCGUGCCACGAUGACCGCCCAAACUUUAGCUAAAACUUUCAUACGAUACAUUUUUACUCUAAUUUCGUAUUGUCGUAGUGUUGAUAUUAGAAUGUAUUCUCAUAAGCUCACAUGCGCAUGUUCCGAUCGCCCGUACAUUCACGGCAAAAUAAUCAUGAAAUAUUACUUUAGGUCUUCUUAAGUUUAGGGGAGCUGUAAGAUUUCGUAGAUCUUUCUGAAAUUUGACAUUGAAAUUGAACGCUUAUUGAGAAGCACUAACAUUUGACUGUCAAGUAUAUGAUCGUAAAAAUAUGGUAUCCACAUAAGAGUAAAAAUCGGAACAUGGUCAGAGCAACAAAAUUCUAUGUCUAUAAUUAUGUUAUUUAUUAUUACUAUAGCUCUACGCACAAGUGAGUAUACAUCUUCCAUCUUUGAACCUCGAGCUAUGAACAACUAGAAUUGUAACCUUUCGGUCUAUAAGCGUUUGAGGUUAAAAAGCCAAUUCAUAGUUAAGUAAAAGUUUAUAUUAGAUAAGUGUAGCAUUAGCUUUAUCGAGAUGUGGUGAAAGUCGACAUUGCGUAUAUAACGUACACUCGGGACCAGUAACGUUGGGUCGAACCUACCUUUGGAACUUACAGUCUGAACACGUUUUUUAUUGUACUACAGAUUUUCCGGAUUAAUCCUUAAUUAAGAGAUCACUUAAUAUAUAAUUAAAUGCCCAAAUGUUACUGUGUUCGAUUGUACACUAAAAUAAGUGCCACUAAUUUAUGUCAUCAAUAUAGUAUGCAAUACGUCCAAGUGUGAACCUAAUGUGCAAUUCUUCUCAUUUCCAUAUCAUUGCGUUUUAGUUGUUUAGUUACUGCUGUAAAUAUAAUUUAAUGUUAUAGAAGGAGAAAAUUGAAUUUUAAAAAUCUAUUGAUUACUACAUGUUUAUUGUUCUGAACAUAAUUUUUUACAGUUUUUAGAAAGUUUUCGUUAAUGUACAGUUAUUGUAAAUAGAUGUUCAUUUUGUUAUGUUGUAGGAGGAGAGCAUCAGAUAUUGAUCGCUUAGUUUACUCCGCGAUGUGAGAACAUGAUAUCUGCAUCUCAUUUCCUUACUCGCGGAACAAUAAGAAAGAAACUCAUUAGUAUCAAAGUUAUUAAAUACAUUGUGCAUGAGUGAAUCUGUGGUCUCGGAGUUACGUAUGAAUUAUUUUUUAAAACAUUUUGAUUAAUAGAAAUUAUCCACCUUAAAAUAUUUGUUGUUUUACUAUUUACAAAAAAAAGAUAAAUAAUGAAUUGUCCAAUAAUUAUGAUAUUUAUUGUUUGUAAGUUGUUAUUGAUUUGUAUGAGCUGUCAGCAGUAUUUAGUGAAUGUGAACGCAUCUGAAGUCAUUUCAUAUUGUGACUUUGUCGAGUCUUUUAAAAGUAUUUCUAUGAAAAAAAUAACUGAAUAAAACUUAUGACUCAAAG